GAAGUGCGAGGAUGCUGCCAGUGCCACUCACCUACCUGUGGCACAGCAGAUGGCUGUUGGGAAUGAAAGCGCUGGGCGGAGGGGGCGUAUCCUCCGAAAGGAGUCUGUUGGGCGGAGCCACGCCGAGUGAGUCUGAAUAAAUAGCAGCCCGCUAGCUUCCCACUUACACUUCUGCACUGCUGCUUUGUACUGCUUGUCCGUAGCGCUUCUGCCUUGUCUGCACCAUGGCUCCCAAUGUAGCGCUCGCAGACUCCAUGCACAACUACCAGCCCAAGACUGGCAAGAGGAAUCAGGAGGCCAGUGAGCUAAGAAAGACUCUAAAGCCCCUGAUGGAGAAAAGGAGAAGGGCGAGAAUUAACGAAAGUCUAAACCAACUGAAAACCCUCAUCCUGCCGCUCAUUGGGAAAGAUAAUUCCCGAUACUCCAAGCUGGAAAAAGCUGAUAUCUUGGAAAUGACAGUGAGAUUCCUCAGGGACAUCCCUCCGGUCCCAGCACAAAAUCCCGCAGAUCGCUAUAAGGAAGGCUACAGAGCAUGUGUGGAGCGCCUGAGCGCAAUCCUUAAUAAAUCCCAUGUGCUGACCGGAGAGGCGAGCAACCGCCUACUAAAUCACCUGCAGAGGAGCCCAGAGCUGUGCUGCUCAGACUGCCAUCAUCCCCCCAAGUCCCACAGCCCUAGGAUUGUUCUUCAUGUGAGUCCCAGAACAUCCCAGCUCGAAUCUCCUCUCCUGAACCAGCCCUCCAGCCACAGGCCUGCCCCAUGCCCCCCGCAACUCAACAGCUCCAUCUGGAGGCCAUGGUGAACGGUUAACUUGGACUUUGUACUCUCGCAAAGACUGUAACAAUGCAGCGGCCUACGGGCAAUAUACACCAGUAAUAACAUGUAUUUAUUUCUUGUAAAUAAGUCCCCACACAUGAAAUCCUGACUUACUAAAGGCAAUAUAUUUUGGACAAAUAGUCCUGAAUACACAGGGCACGAAAGUGACCCUCUUUGUGAACCCAAAGGGUUUAAAUUAGUAUGCGAUUUGCAUUUUACAUUAACCCGUGGACUGCCAGAGCGGGUCAAUACUACAGUCCGUGUUUUGUAUUGGGUCUCCUGGCAGCCCACGGGUAUAAUGACACAGGGCUAUGUGCAACAAUAAUGCCUGGACAUGAACACUGUUGCCAGCACUUUUUUAUUUAAUGUUUGUAAUUAAAUCUUUUAUUUUUAAAAUAAAAUCCUAAAAUGUG